GCCAGCGCCAGCGCAAAAUCCUGCUUGCCCUCGGGGCAAGCACCGGGCGGAACUUCUGCUCUCUGCUUCCGCCGCAGCUGCCGUCACAUCGUCUGUCUGCCCAUCAGCUCCGGCCACGGAUUAGAGCUGGCCCCCGUCGCGUAGAGGCUUCAACGGAGGCCGCGCGACUUUGGCGCAUGGGGAGUUCCGCCAGCUGCCUGUGGGGCAGCUCCAAGUCCACCGCAGAUCGGACCGGUCAAACCGUGGCGGCGUCUCCUCGUUCUGGCCAUUUAUUAUCAAGAUCCGGACGAAAUGUACAAGUCUUCUCCCUAAAAGAGUUGAAGACUGCCACCCGGAAUUUUCACAUGCUGAAUUGCAUUGGCCGUGGAGGUUUUGGGCCUGUUUAUAAGGGAGACCUGAAAGAUGGCAGACAAGUUGCAAUUAAAAGGCUUGCAGCUGAAUCAAAGCAAGGGGCUGACGAAUUCUUGACAGAGAUCGAUGUCAUAUCAAAUGUCAGGCACCCCAACCUUGUAAGGCUGAUUGGUUGCUGUGUCGAAGGGAAUAACAGAUUAUUGGUGUAUGAAUACGCGGAGAACAACAGUUUGUCAAAUGCUUUACUUGGACCAAAGAGUAGAUGUAUCCCAUUGAACUGGCAAAGAAGAGAAGCCAUUUGUACCGGAACUGCUUCUGGUCUUGCAUUUCUUCAUGAGGAAGCACAACCACGAAUUGUUCACCGUGAUAUCAAGGCUAGCAACAUCUUACUCGACAAGAAAUUGCUUCCUAAAAUUGGAGAUUUUGGACUAGCUAAGCUUUUCCCAGAUGCUGUCACUCACAUCAGCACGCGUGUUGCAGGAACAAUGGGUUACCUGGCACCAGAGUAUGCCUUGUUGGGACAGUUAACCAAGAAAGCAGAUAUAUAUAGUUUUGGGGUGCUUCUUCUUGAAGUGAUAAGUGGUGAAAGCAGCAGCAAAUCGACUUGGGGGGAAGAUUUGCAUGUCCUUGUGGAAUGGACAUGGAAGCUGCGAGAAGAAGGAAGGCUUUUGGAAAUUGUUGAUCCAGACCUGGAGGAAUACCCGGAGGACCAAGUGCUUCAUUUCAUCAAGGUGGCACUCCUGUGCACCCAAGCAACGGCGCAGCAGAGGCCAUCCAUGAAGCAGGUGGCGCAUAUGCUAUCUAACCAAACAGAAAUCGAUCUUCAGAAUGCUGUCCCACCCGGUGUGCUGAAAGAACCCCGUCGUAAGAUGGGUAGUUUGACACUGGACACGUCCUCAAGUCAAAUGACCAGACGCAACGCGGCUGGAUCCUGCAGCACGCAGACCAGAGACAUGAACAGCUAUCAGUUUAGCACGACCGAAAUUUCUCCUAGGUGAGGCGGUGGAUGAGCUUGCAAACUUGCUCGCCACCUUCAGAAGUCUCAAACACUGACAUGAGGUUUUGCUGUGCUGGGGUUGCUCACACAGUUUUUCUUGAGGUGAAAAAUUGAACAGUGUAUACUUCAAGCCUGAUCCAUAUUUAUCCUGGUUCAGGAACUAGACAGGAUGCCAAGGGAAUAUCUGUAAAUUGGUGUUGUGCAGAAUGUGUAGUUUACUUCUUUCAUAGGUCAUUACAUGUUAUUCUUUAGUGCUCAGUGUUACAGAUGCAUUGCAAGGAUAGUAUGUCUUUGAGACUCCAAAUAUUUAAGGCACCAUAUGAG